GUUCGCACACACACACACACACCCACACACUGCCCAGUGCACCAGACCCUCAGGAUAGCUCCACUGUCAGAAUCAUGGAGACGUCUCGCUCUAACGCUCCCUCCUACCUGGCGUGGUCCAUUUUCAACACCUUCUGCUGCUGCCUACCCUUGGGCAUAGCUGCCAUCAUAUUCUCCACCAGGGUGAACAGCGCCAAUAUAGCUGGAGACCAGGCCAUGGCGGAGAGUGACUCCAGGACAACAAAGUAUCUCAACAUCGCCGCCCUGGUGUGCGGCAUCAUCUUCCUGAUUAUCAUUGUGUUGACGUUCAUGGGAAUGUAGUACAGGAGAUGGAAGUGCAAGCAAAGCCUCUUUUAGGCCUAAUUGAUUAAAUUAUAUUAUAUUACUAAUAUUAACUAAUUGUGUUAGUUGUGUGAGUAUUACUCUUGCACUGCGACAAAAUGUGUUACCAUGUAAUGAUAAUCUUGACAAAUAAAUAAAGUGUUUGGUUUCUUGUUCAAAAGGCCAUGUAUACUUAUGUUCAUUUUAUCUAGAAACAGAAUUGUGGUACGAACGUGUUU